UGCUGGGCUCAGGAAACAAGAAUACUGUGCAUGACAAAACAUUGAGCAACGUUAAAAGAAAUAUUCUGUAAGACUUAACCAUUAUACCUUUCCCGUUGUUUUAUUGUCUGAACAUCAUGGAAAAUGCUUCAGAAAAUACGAAAAGCAAAAUUGAGCGGAAGGAAGAAGUCGUCUUUUUGAGGAAGAAAGUUGGGUUGUUCCGAGCCAUUUCGUUUUUAAUUGGUACAAUUAUCGGCAGCGGUAUAUUCAUUUCACCAAAAGGAGUCUUGGUCAACUCUGGGAGCGUCGGCGCAUCCCUGGUGAUCUGGCUGGCCUGUGGAAUACUCUCAAUGUUGGGAGCUCUAUCAUAUGCAGAACUUGGAACAAGCAUUAAGAAAUCCGGUGGUCACUAUAUCUAUAUUCUGGAGACUUUGGGCCCACUUCCAGCCUUCCUUCGAUUAUGGAGUGAAAUCAUCAUAAUCAGACCAGCAAUCACUGCUGUUGUUGGCUUGUCGUUUGGACGCUACAUCGUUGAACCAUUCUUUGCCCCUUGUCCUGCUCCAGCUUUGGCAGUAAAGCUUCUCACAGUUGUUGGAGUCUCAUUGGUUGUAUGCAUAAAUUCUUGGAGUGUGAACUGGACUGCCCGAAUUCAAAUCAUCCUCACAUUUUCUAAACUGGUGGCACUGGGAUUGAUCAUCAUUCCGGGGAUGAUGGCUUUGGCCCAAGGUCGCAAUGAAAACUUUCAAAAUGCUUUUAACAGCAGUUCAGUCCCACUAGACAAAGUUCCAUUGGCUUUCUAUUCAGGCAUGUUUGCUUACAGUGGCUGGUUUUAUAUGAACUUUGUCACAGAGGAGAUUAUUAACCCAGAAAGGAAUAUUCCUCUGGCAAUUGUCUCCACUCUGAUUCUUAUUACAGUACUGUAUCUGCUUGUAAAUGUGGCUUACUACACUGUACUGACGGCAGAUGAAGUGAUGGCAUCUGGUGCAGUAGCUGUGACUUUUGCAGAUCGGACACUGAAAAGCUUUUCCUCAGUGAUUCAAAUUCUUGUGUCACUGUCGUGCCUUGGGGCAAUAACUGGAGGACUAUUUUCUGUUUCCAGAGUAUUCUUUGUGGCUUCAAGAGAAAACCAAUGGCCAACAAUCUUCUCCAUGAUCCACAUCCGGCACCACACUCCACUUCCAGCUGUAGUUCUGAUAUAUCCACUGGUCAUCCUGAUGAUUUUCAUUGGUGAUCUGUAUGGUUUGCUGAAUCUAAACAGCUUUCCCCGUUGGCUCUUUAUGGGGUUAGUAACCUUUGGACUCAUCCGACACCGUUAUAAACAGCCUGAUCUAUACCGUCCAUUCAAGGUUCCAGUUAUCAUACCUGGAAUCUUUAGUGCACUAUGUCUGUUCAUAGUGGGCAUGUCCCUUUACUCUGACCCCCUCAGCACUGGGAUUGGCUGUGCUUUAACACUUUCUGGUGUACCUGUCUAUUACCUGAUGAUAAGCAGGCAUCAACGACCAGCCUGGUACAGAAAAGCACUUUAUCUCUUCACUGUCAAACUGCAAACUUUAAUGGAAGUAGUGCAACAGGAGAUCGUAACCUACUGAAAAUCUGCAGAGCACACGAUCCUUUCUGUAUAUUUACAACAGAAUCAUUGCAAGGGAUCAUUCACAAAGCACAUGUCCUGAAUGAUAGGCUUUGAUCAGUGUGUGAAAACCCCAUUCUCACCAGCUGUGUGUGUAAAAUUGUUAUGUAAGGAAAUCUGUUAAUUUCACUUGCUUAUUCUAUUCUAACUGCUCUGAAUUCUAAAUAUAAAUGUAAACUGCUGGAUAAGCUAUGCAUAGCUGUCAGCAUUUGCAUUUAUAAAUGUAUUUCGACAAAUUCAAAUGAGGGGACUAAAAUGAUAAAGGGGAAGAGUUAGAGAUAGUAAGAAACAGUAACUUAUUGUGGUUUUUAUUCACAUACAGUACAAUGAAUUGCUCAGUUGUGUGUGUGUGUGAACUGAUACAUUGAUGAGACUUACCCCAAAAAUAGGGUCCUUAAUUUGCACAAAAGCUUAGGAGUCCAGGAAAGCAGCUUCUAAAAAUUCUCAUUUUGCUUGAAAUGGAUAUUACUGAGUAAUUUUAAAAUUUAAUGUAAACUACUGAAAUCAGCAAACACCUAACUACAUCUAUUGAGAUCUGUAGUCAACAAUUAUCAAAUAUCACCAAACUAAUAAAAUUCCUACCAUUCAGGUGGAUUGCUUUUUUUACCUAUUUUGUGAAAUAUUUUAAUGAAAAGUUCAAAUUACAAAUGAUUAUUAUUCUGGCAUGUUUGUAUGAAUUCAAGAAAAGGCAAUGCAGAUAAUUUCCAGAAUAGUGCAAAAUUUUCUGUGUUCUGCACAUUUUUGAGGAAUAUCAUUAAUGACAAAUUGUGGAUGGAGAUGUAUGUGUGAAUAGUUUGUGUGUACAUGCUGAAGAUGCUGAGUGAGAAUUAUGCACACACUGGAGAUGGAGAAACAAGAAGAUAGACUGUGGUUGCAUGUUGCUGGUUUGUGACAACAGGGAGGACUCAUGCUUACAAAACUGGGAACCUUGCACCUUCAUAAAAGGAUGUACACCUUCAAAAACCUGACAAUUCAAAUGUCCAGA